CUCACAACUGUACGACUACUAUUGAAGAACAACACAGAUGUGAAUCUUCCCAACGAUCACGGCAAUACCCCAUUGAUGUGGGCAUCGAUCAACGGCAAUCUUAAAAUUGUCAAAGAAUUAUUAAAGAACAACGCAGAUGUAAAUUUAGUCAAUAACAUCGGCGACUCUGCUUUAAUACUUGCAUUGUACCAAGGACAUCUUGCAAUUGCACGAGAACUGCUGAAAAACAACGCCGAAGUCAAUCAAACAAAUAAAUAUGGCAACACAGCGCUAAUAUGGGCAUCACAUGGAGGACAUCUCGACAUCGUCCGAAAACUAUUGAAGAACAAUGCUAAGGUGAAUAUCCAGAAUGAUAACUUGGAUACACCGUUGAUAUUAGCAUCGGGUGAAGGACAUCUUGAAACUGUCAAAGAAUUAUUAAAAAAUGAAGUAGAAGUAAACCUGGCUAAUAAUGAAGGUUAUACUGCAUUGAUGUUAGCAUCUUGCAACGGACAUAUAGAAAUUGUUCAAUUGUUAUCAAAAACUAACGCAGAAAUAAACCAAGCUGAUAAAGAGGGUAAAACAUCAUUGAUGAUGGCAUCUUCCGAAGGACACCUAGAGGUUAUCCAAAAACUAUUGAAGAAAGAAGCAGAUGUAAACCUAACUGAUAAAAAAGGCUGGACAGCAUUGAUGCAAGUAUCAAAUAAAGGUUAUGUUGAAAUAGUAGAAGAAUUAUUAAAAAACAACACAAAUGUUAAUCACGUUGAUAAAAAAGGAAAAACAUCAUUAAUGUUAGCAUCAUCAAACGGACAUCUUAAAGUAGUAGAAGAACUACUCAAGAAUAACGCAGAUGUGAAUCAAGGUGAUAAACAUGGAAACACUGCGUUGAUGUGGGCAUCUGGCCGAGGGCAUCUUCAAAUCGUUCAAGAACUCAUCAAAAACAACGCAGAAGUAAACCUAGCUGAUAAAGAUGGCAACUCAUCAUUGAUGUUGGCAUCGUGUGGAAAACAUCUCGAUGUCCUACAAGAAUUGUUAAAAAAUAACGCUGAUGUGAAUCAGGGUGAUAAAAAUGGCGACACAGCAUUAAUCUUAGCUUCUGGUGGAGGACAUUUACAAAUUGUAGAAGAAUUGUUGAAGAACAACGCUAAAGUAAAUCUAGGUAAUAACAAAGGUAUCACGCCGUUGCUAUGGGCAUCAUGUGGGGGACAUCCUGAAAUCGUCGAAGAAUUGUUGGAGAAUAAAGCAGAUAUAAAUCAAGUUGAUCAAGGUGGAAACACAGCGUUAAUAGCAGCAUCAUUCUUAGGACAUCUGGAAAUUGUUCAAGUACUUUUGAAGAACAAUGCUGAUGUUAAUGUGGCUGAUCAGAAUGGAGAGACUGCUUUGAUGUAUGCAUCCUGUGGAGGACAUUUUGAAAUUGUUCAAGAAUUGUUGAGGAAUAGAGCUGAUAUUAAUUUAGUUAAUAGGGAUGGGAAGACAGCGUUGAUGUUGGCGUCGAAAAAAGGGCAGAUUAAGAUUUU